AUAUUAAGUUACAAUAUUUCCAUUGACUAAUUGAAACACAAAGCUCUCGUAAAAAUUUUAAAUUAUUAGUAAUUAUUUUUGUGGUUUUUGUUGUUAUAUUAAAAAUUAUUUAUAUGUGAUUUUAAACACACAUUUUUUUGGUUAGCGUUUAUUUUUACAAUAAUUGUGAUCAACAAACAAAAAAUUAAAUAAAUUAUCAUUAAAUCAUAAUCUAAGCCCAAAAAAUAAAAUAAAUGUCACAACAAGUUGUUUAUUCACAACAACCUCAACAAGGCUAUUCUCAACCCUAUAUACCGCCACAACAAGGACUACCCUAUGGACCGCCCCAACCAAACUAUGGUCCGCCGCCACCACCAAACUACGGUCCGCCACAACCACCACAACCCGCCCAAUGGGUAGCCGCUCCCGCUGUACCGGUCAACUGUCCGCCCGGUUUAGAGUAUUUGACAGCUAUUGACCAGCUAUUGGUUCACCAAAAAGUUGAAUUACUUGAAGCAUUUACCGGCUUUGAGACCAACAACAAGUAUACCAUCAAGAAUAGUAUGGGACAGAAGGUCUACUACGCUGUCGAAGACACGGACUGUUGUACCCGAAACUGUUGCGGAUCUUUGCGUCCGUUUGAUAUGAAAAUACUAGACAACGCUCAACAGGAAGUCAUUCAUCUGUAUCGACCAUAUCGUUGUACUUCUUGCUGGUGUUUCUGUUGUCUUCAGAAACUUGAGGUUACGGCACCUCCUGGCCAUACAAUCGGUUAUGUAGUACAGGAGUGGAGCGUAUUUUGUCCGAAAUUUCGUAUCGAAGACGCCUCCGGUGAUACUGUCCUACGUAUUGAUGGACCAUUUUGUACGUUCAGCUGUUGCGGUGAUGUCGAGUUCAAUGUGACCACACCCGACGGCAAGUCAUCGGUCGGUAAGAUAACGAAACAAUGGUCGGGUUUGGCCCGCGAAAUGUUUACCGAUGCCGACAACUUCGGCAUAUCGUUUCCCAUGGAUUUGGACGUCAAUAUCAAGGGUGUACUAUUGGGCGCCUGUUUUCUAAUUGACUUUAUGUUUUUUGAGAAAAGUGGUAAUAAAGAAAAUGAUAGACCUGGAAUGUUUUAAAUAUAAUAAUAAUAAUAAUAACCUAGCUAAAUUAUAA